AUGGCGAAUCCCGCGUUUCAGGGAGGUCCCUUGCCCCACGAGCUAGACGUGCGGGGAAUGCUGCAGCUGGCGAGGCAGAGGGUGGACGAGGGGCAACCCUCCGCGGCCCUGCAACUGGUGAGCCUUUUGUGCCCUGCAGGGAACCAUCACAGCUCCCCCCGCCCCUCUCCCCUCGCCCCACGGGAUGGACGUGCGGGAAUGCUGCAGCUGGCUCGACAGAGGGUGGACGAGGGACAACCGACCGCUGCCCUGCAACUGAUCAUAGCAUUGCUGAGAGAGCAGGGCGGGAAGGCAGCAGUGCUGGCAACAAUGUGUUUUCGAGAUCAUAGCAGUGUUGAGAGCGCAGGGCGGGGAGGCAGCAGUGCUGACGGCACUAACUCAAGCCCGAGCCAUGCACCACAACCAGCAGCAGACGCAGCAGCUACAGCAGGGAGCGUUGACUCACGGCAUUUUUUCCUGUUAUCCACCUCUUCUCCCCCUCCCUCCACCCACCCUCAGAUCAUAGCAGUGUUGAGAGCGCAGGGCGGGGAGGCAGCAGUGCUGACGGCACUAACUCAAGCCCGAGCCAUGCACCACAACCAGCAGCAGAUGCAGCAGCUACAGCAGGGAGCUGAUGACAUCACCGCCUUGCUGGCACGCUGCGCCAUCGGCAGCGCUGACGUGGCAGUGCCAGCUGGCACCGGGCAGAUGGCGGCGGGGGGGAGUGCGAUGGCAUGGGGAGGUGGAGACGUGGGUAUAGGAGGGAGCGGCAUGGGGAGCAACAGCAUAGGAGAGCAACGUGGGGAAGGAGCAAUGAACGGGGGAAUGGAAGGAGUAGACGGAUAUGCCUUCCAUUCUGGGUAUGGAUCAACACCGUCAGCAAGGUAUGGAAUGCAAGCAACAGCAGCAGGGUAUGGGAUGGAUCAAGCAGGGAGGCAAGGGAUAGUCCCAGCAGCAGCAGCAUAUGGGAUGGAGUCAGCAGGGAGGCAUGGGGUGGAUGGGGAGGCGAUACUGGCGGAGCAGGGGCGCAUGCAGGUGGUGGCGGAUGCAGCAGCGGAUGGCAGCAGUGUGACGUGCAGCGUUUGCCGGGGGGUGAUAAGUGGGGCACGGUGGAAGGAGCACGUGCAGUUCUGGUGCAGAGCCGCUGUGCACGACCCCGUGGGGGAUAACAGCAGUCUUUCUCCUUGA